AUGGUUUCGGCGUGGUUCUUGACUAAGGUCUUGGUGGCUUUUGCGCCACUGACGACGGUUGUUUAUGCGCAGUACAACACCACAACCGAUCUUCCUUUGCUGUUGGAUGCUACGGGAGAUGAGUUGGUUGCUGGCCUUGAGGCUGGAGCUUUCACAAGCUUGGAUCUAGUUCAAGCUUAUGUUGGACGCAUCAUCGAAGUCAACAAGACGCUUCACAUGGUGUUGGAAAUCAACCCGGAUGCUUGGACUAUCGCGAAGGAACUAGAUGAAGAGCGCGCCUGUGGAAAGCUUCGAGGCCCUCUCCAUGGCCUCCCAAUUCUUAUCAAGGAUAACAUCGCAACUGAUGAUGAGAUGAACAACACUGCCGGAUCUUGGUCGCUGAUGGGCGCUAAAGUUCCACGCGAUUCUACGAUCGCUGCCAAACUCAGGGAAGCUGGUGCCAUCAUUCUUGGCAAGACCAACCUCUCCCAGUGGGCCAACUAUCGUUCCUCAAACUCUUCAAAUGGAUGGUCUGCUCGAGGUGGUCAGACGUACGGCGCGUACUAUCCAGGUCAAGACCCCAGUGGCAGUAGCAGUGGUAGUGGUGUCGCAGCCAGUCUUGGACUUGCCUUUGGUACUCUUGGUUCGGAAACAGACGGCUCCAUCAUCUCGCCCAGUCAACUCAACAACGUUGUUGGUAUCAAGCCAACUGUUGGUCUCACAAGUCGAGCUCUGGUCAUUCCUAUUUCUGAGCAUCAAGAUACCGUUGGACCGAUGACUCGCACGGUCAAAGAUGCGGCGUAUAUCCUUCAAGCCAUCUCUGGACCUGACAGUGCCGAUAACUAUACGCUAGCUAUUCCGUGGGCGAGCAACACUACAAAUGUGACCAAGCCUGACUACGUUGCUGCCUGUACCCUGGAUGCUUUGGAAGGAAAGCGUAUCGGAGUACCGCGUAACGCUAUUGGCACGCCCGACAGCUCUUCGGCACCCCUGUAUGCUGCUUUCGAAGCCGCUCUCGACGUUCUUCGCUCUGCUGGCGCAAUCAUUGUCGAUAACACCAACUAUACAGCCUGGGAACAGUAUCUGGAAUCCAACGCUGAAGGUAUCGUUCUCGACGGUGACUUCGUCCCCAACCUAGCGCACUACCUCUCGCAACUUACAUACAACCCCAACGACGUCCAAGAUCUGGAGGACGUUCGCAAUUUCACACAGCACUUUCCUGCCGAGGACUACCCAGACAGAGACACAGCGGAUUUUGACAGCUCAAUUGCCCAAUCGCAGAAUUUCUCCAACACCGACAUCGAGUUCUGGAAUGCUUUGCAACAAGAUUAUUACCUCGGUGGUGAAGGUGGUCUCCUUGGCGCACUCUCAACAUACAACCUCGAUGCUGUCGUCGUUCCCUCGGACUAUGCCUCUGGUAUCUCCGCCAUCAUCGGUGGACCCGUGGUCACCAUCCCACUUGGUGCGCUUCCGUCCAACACGACGGUUGUCACAAACCAGCGAGGUGAUUUGAACGCUACGGCACCGAACAUUCCAUUUGGUAUCUCUUUUGCCGGUGCGCUGUGGAGUGAGGAGAGUUUGAUUGGGUUCGCAUAUGCGUUUGAGCAAAGGACCAUGGUGCGGACGAAGGUUAAGCCGUAUAUCCAGCCGAGUAUCGAGAUUGAGAACGUGAUUGGUAGCUACUAG